GUGACGGGGAUCUGGGAGGCUUCUGGGAAAAGAUGGCAGCUUCCUUUUGUUUGUGGGGAUUUGCGGUAGUCUGAGGGGGGAUUUAGAGGCGUUCCUCCGCUGAUACUCGGGUCUCCGUCUCGCAGUCGGGGUUGUCCGAGCAGUUGAGCCGGGAGAAGAUGGAGAAGAGCGGCAGCGUCGACAGUCUGGGCUCGAAGCGCUCCUCGUCCCGACAGCCGAGUGUUGAUUCAUUGUCCAGUACCUCCACCUCUCGCUCUGACCGCUCUGCCCAGGCCAAACCCACGUCUGCCAUGUCCUCUGACUCCAUGUCCACCUCUGCAGAGUUUUCUCCUGAGCUCAGGGUCAAGCCCAAAGCUCCUGCAAAGAAGAUACUCAGAGAUUCAGACAAGGAGGAGCCACAACUGCUCCCAAAUGAAACCGUGCAGGACAAAGCUGAAGACGUCACCUACUUCUGUCCUUUCACUGGAGCUCUGCGGGGAACAGUGACAGUUACCAACUACAGGCUUUUCUUCAAAUGCAUGGACAGGGAGCCCGUGUUUGUGCUGGACCUGCCCCUCGGGGUGGUGAGCCGAGUAGAGAAGAUUGGAAGUGCCUCAAGCCGUGGCGACGUGUCAUAUGGACUUGUUUGCAAAGAUAUGCGUAAUCUACGCUUUGCACACAAACUCAUGGAGGACACACUGAGGAAGUCCAUUUUCGAAGUGCUGAUGAAAUUUGCUUUUCCUGUUUCCAACGGGCUGCAAAUCUUUGCCUUUGAUUACGGCCAAGUGUUCCCUGAAAAUGGAUGGAAGGUGUACGACGCUGUCUCCGAGUACAAGAGACAGGGAAUACCAAAUGAAAGCUGGAGGAUCACAAAAGUCAACGAUCAUUUCGAGUUGUGUGACACCUACCCUUCAACGCUGGCGGUGCCUGUCAACAUACCGGACGAGGAGCUGAAGAGGGUAGCUGCCUUCAGAGCGAAGGGGAGGAUACCUGUGCUGUCCUGGAUCCACCCAGAGAGCCAGGCGACGGUGACUCGCUGCAGUCAGCCUAUGGUCGGCGUGAACGGGAAACGCAGCAAAGAGGACGAGAAAUACCUGCAGGCCAUCAUGGACGCCAACGCUCAGUCACACAAGCUUUUUAUCUUUGAUGCUCGGCCCAGUGUCAACGCCGCUGCCAACAAGAUGAAAGGUGGUGGAUAUGAGAGCGAGGAUGCGUAUCAAAAUGCCGAGCUGGUGUUCUUGGAUAUUCACAACAUCCACGUGAUGAGGGAGUCGCUCCGCAAGCUGAAGGACGUGGUCUACCCAAACAUCGAGGAUUCCCACUGGCUCUCCAACCUGGAGUCCACUCAUUGGCUUGAGCAUAUUAAGCUGAUCCUGGCCGGGGCGCUGAGGAUCGCAGACAAGGUGGAGUCUGGGAAAACGUCAGUGGUGGUGCACUGCAGCGAUGGCUGGGACCGCACGGCUCAGCUCACCUCUCUGUCCAUGCUCAUGCUGGACGGUUACUACCGCACCAUUCGGGGCUUCGAGGUGCUGCUCGAGAAAGAGUGGCUGAGUUUUGGGCAUCGCUUCCAGCUGCGUAUCGGUCAUGGCGAUAAAAACCACACCGACGCGGACCGCUCACCUGUCUUCAUCCAGUUCGUUGACUGUGUGUGGCAGCUGACUCGACAGUUUCCCGCCGCCUUCGAGUUCAACGAGUACUUCCUGGUAACCAUCCUGGAUCACCUGUACAGCUGCCUGUUUGGGACUUUCUUGUGUAACAGUGAGCAGCAGAGGUUGAAAGAAGAGAUUCCCAAGAGGACAGUGUCACUGUGGUCCUACAUUAACAGCCAGCUGGAGGACUUCACCAACCCUCUCUAUGUCAACUACUCCAACCACGUGCUGUUCCCCGUAGUCAGCUUGCGCCACCUGGAGCUCUGGGUUGGCUACUACAUCCGCUGGAACCCCCGCAUGAGGCCUCAGGAACCUGUUCACCAGCGCUACAAGGAGCUCUUAGCCAAGCGUGCCGAGCUGCAGAAAAGAGUGGACGACUUGCAGCGAGAGGUGACCAACCGCUCGGCCUCCUCCUCCUCCGAGCGCGCGGGCUCACCGACGCGCUCCAUCACCCCGGUGCAGACCUUCGUCUGAUGCCGCCUGACCCUCGCUGUGGUCACAGAGGCUGAAUCUUGUUGGCGAUAAAGGUGCCGUUGCAGGACCUGCGUGCCAAACCGCAUCUGUUUUUUCCCACAACACUCAAUGCUAAUGUACUACCGCCAAAAGUCUGAAGGAAAGCUUGCCGUGUUGAUCCCGAACAGGUCCGACAGAGUGUGAUGACUACAGAAGAGUGUGUCUCUGACUAUAGCCAUAUUGUACACUUUCUCCAUGGGGGAGGAUCUGUAACCAGAACAGCAAGAGCAGUUCAGCAUAUCAACCUGCCUGCAAUCAGUGUUUUUCCAAGUAUACAAAAUGUCACUCGGGGUCAAUGUUUAUGCCUUAAGCUCUUCAUAGGAACACUCCCUUCAUUCCUUCAUCUGAAAACACCACAGCUGAAGUUAUUGUGCCGCAACAGCUUAGAGCUUCAGAAAACAAGCACUAAAACCGACUAAAUGCUUUAGGAUUUGGUAAUUUUUGAUAUUAAAAUGUAGCCAAAGGGCUUUAAUGUUAGCUUCUUUUGUUUGUACACACGAUUGUUCUAGAAUUCAUUAACAGAGUUUUGGUGUUCUUCACAGACCAAUCUUUUUAGGUUUUCAUGACCAAAUAUCUUUUUAAGAACAUGUCAUGUUACGGCAUUCCUUUCACUGAGUGAUUUGAGUUUUGUAAGUUUCAUUUUUCUAACUAGUUUAUUUAUUGCCUUUUUUUAGUGUAGAUUUGUAUUUAUAGCUCAUGUCAGUUUAGAAAUCUCUCCAUUCGAUAUCAAUAAGCCACAAAGAAUAUGCAACACUUCUCACCCAGUAGUUGUUAACUCUAAAAGUUUGCGAGCGUAAGCACUUUUUGCUGAUUGUCUUUCAGUCGGCGGCAGAAUGUGUGACACCACUGAUGAUUCGCUCUCUGGGUUUUAUGAAUCUGUGCCUUGUUCCGAGUGCUUGGGAGAAUGACAUAAAGAUGAGCGUGAACAGUCUGUAAUUGUUAACGGUAAAUAGACUAUUAGUCGUUAGCCUCUUUUUUUCAAAGCUUUGAUGAAUGCUUGCAAUAAACGUGCGAGUCAGCCCGAAGGAUUCAGUGUAGCUCAUAAAGAUGGCGAGAUGUGAAUGCAGCACCCUUAAGUUCGUCUCUCCAGCUCAGCUAUUAGUGUUGCUAAAUAUAGCUGAACCCUAAUGACACUAGCAUUAAUUGUCUCCGAUUAUGAGCUUGCCAUUAAAUGUAAGAUAAAAAAAGUGCCUUUUAUUAAAAAUGAGCAAUGUUAAAGGCAUGGAUUUAAAGUGCGAUUGUGGAACAAUCUAACUCUGUGAGGGCUCUGAGACAUUAGUGCAGCCAUAGUAUGUCUCUUUCAUGUUUAAACUGUAGCUUUAAGAUGUCCUUUAUUAAAUGAUUUGGCUUAUUACUUCCACCACUUUUGUAUUCAAUUCAUGCAUAUACCAGUUAUAUUGAAAUAUCCUCCCUUUAAAAUAGACAGUGUAGAAAGCCACUUGGUUCAAAUUAGGUUUGAUGCCGUUGUUUGUCACUUAUUUAAAACUUGAAUUUUGAGAAGCAUUUACUGCACGCUACAGUGAUGUCAACUGUAUUAAAAGAUUUAAUAAACUGAAACUGCAGUUCACCAUUGAGCUUUUCAG